AUGCUCCUGCUGCUGCUGCUGCUGCUGCUGCUGCUGCUGCUGCUGCUGCUGUUGGUGCCGGGCGCCGUCCGCCGCCGAGUCAACAGUCUUGCUCGCGUCGGCGCGAUGAUGCCGCUGCAGCUGCUGCGGGGCAUCGGGCCUGCCAGACCGCAGUCGCUGCACCGCUGUGUCGCGGUUGUGGCCACGGUCAAUCGACCUGUGGCGCUGGGUGUUGGUCGCGGCCUUGAACAGCGGCAGCAUGCCCAUGCCUCGCCCCGAUGGGCCGCUGCAGGUUCGUCCGCGGCCCCUGCCAAGAAGGGGCACGUGACCCAGUAUUACGAGGACCGCAUUGCCCAGGGCGAGCUCGAGGCCAAUGCGCUGCAGUUUGACCUUUGCGACCACUUGGACACCCUCUACCGACAAAUGCACACCUACAAACCCCCGGCCACCUCUUGGCUAGGCAAGCUGCUCGGCGGCCGGCCCGACCCAGCCUCUGCCGUUCGCGGCCUCUACAUUUGGGGCACGGUUGGUUCGGGCAAAACCAUGCUCAUGGACGCCUUUUUUGACCUGGUGCCCUACGAGCGUAAGCGCCGUGUUCACUUUCACAAGUUUAUGCUCGAUGUCCACAAACGCAUCCACGCCCAAAAAAUGGCCAACGUAGCCGACCCCAUCCCCCCCGUCGCCGUUGACCUCAUGCGCGAAGCCCCCCUCCUCUGUUUCGAUGAGUUUCAAGUCACCGACGUCGCCGACGCCAUGAUCCUCAAGCGACUCUUUGCUGAAAUGUUCCAGCGUGGUCUCGUCAUGAUCGCCACCUCCAACCGGCCCCCCGAAGACCUUUACAAGGGCGGCCUCCAGCGGAGCCAAUUCCUCCCCUUCAUCCCCCUGCUCAAGGCCCACACCACCGAAGUUCGCCUCUCCGCCGAAAAGGACUACCGCAUGCAGGGCCUCAUGAACAAACUCCAACAACAGUGCUUCUUCCAUCCCCUCUCCGACUACCAAAACGCCGAAAUGGAGCGCCUCUGGCAAGAGGUGUGCGCCGAAGAAGGCGCCCCCAUCCAGGCAACCUCGCUUCAAUUACAGGGCCGACAGCUCCGAGUGCCCCGAGCCUGUGGCCAAGUCGCUCACUUUUCCUUUCACGACCUAUGCGAACAACCCGUCGCUGCCGCCGACUACCUCCGCAUCACAGAAACCUUUCACACUGUCUUUCUCACCGGAGUGCCACGCCUCACCCGGAGCGAUCGCGAUGCUGCCCGCCGCUUCAUUACGUUGGUAGACUGUCUGUACGACAACGCCGUGAAGCUGGUGUUUAGCGCCGCCGACGAGCCCCAAAACCUUUUUGCCCCCGAACCCCGCACCGGUCUUUCCGACAGCGAGCGAGCUCUCAUGGACGAUUUGAAGCUGGACAUGAGCCACGUCGAUGAUGCUUCCAUCUUCACUGGAGAGGACGAAAAGUUCGCUUGGGCUCGCUUGGUAUCCCGUCUCAACGAGAUGCAGUGCGCUGAAUAUUGGACAAUGUGUCACAAGUUUUGGAAGCCUCAACAACAAUAA